AUGACCAGCUUUCCAGAUAUGCGGCUGCGGCGGGUAAGGGAACUGGAACCGGUGCGCUCCCUGAUUCGGGAGACCCAGCUUAGCGCGUCCAACUUUAUCUACCCCCUGUUUGUGACCCACGGUGAGGGCGUAAAGCAGCCUAUCGAACCCAUGCCGGGCAACUUCCAGCUAUCCCUGGAUAUGCUGGAAGAGGAGAUUUCCGAGGUGGUGGACUUGGGCAUUCCCGCUGUUCUCCUGUUCGGCCUGCCUGAAGAGAAGGACCCCGUGGGCAGUGGCGCCUACGACCCCGAAGGCAUCAUCCAGGAAGCCAUUCGGGUCAUCAAGCAGACUGCCCCGAACCUGAUGGUCGUUGGUGAUGUAUGCCUGUGCGAAUACACCGACCAUGGCCACUGCGGCGUCAUAGAGAACCAGCGAAUAGACAAUGACCAAACCCUGGAACUGCUGGCCCGAACUGCCCUCGCCCAGGUCCAGGCCGGCGCCGAUAUGGUGGCUCCCUCAGCAAUGAUGGACGGCCAGGUACGCGCCAUCCGCGAAACCCUGGACGCCAAUGGCGAGGAAACCGUGCCGGUAAUGGGUUACGCCGCCAAGUACGCUUCCGCCUUUUACGGGCCCUUCCGCGUCGCUGCCGACUCUACUCCCCAGUUCGGCGACCGGCGCAGCUACCAGAUGGACCCGGCAAACCGGCGCAUGGCCAUGCGGGAAAUUGAAAGCGAUAUCGCCGAGGGCGCCGACAUAGUGAUGGUAAAACCCGCUCUGGCCUACCUGGACGUAAUCAAGACGGCACGAGACCGGUUCGAUCAUCCCAUGGCCGCCUACAACGUGAGCGGCGAGUUCUCCAUGGUCAAAGGGGCGGCAAGGCAGGGCUGGAUCGACGAAAAAAUGGUGACGCUUGAACUGCUCACCGCCAUCCGCCGGGCCGGCGCCGACAUUAUAAUCAGCUACCACGCCAAAGAGGUUGCCCGCUGGCUUAGGGGAGAUGAGUAG